AUGAAGCUCCCUACGUCUAGGGUGUUUUUCAGACCUCCCCCAGGUCGAGUAAUAGCUCGACCAACUUUCGCUAAGCCCCAAUUCACUGCACAUUCGAUACGAAGACAUAAUUCCACCGCUCAGACUGGGUCGACCGGUGGUUCGCGCCUCUUGAACUUCGUUUACGGCUCAACCCUCGUGCUGGGUCUGGGGAUCAUCUUUGUCUACGUCACCGACACCAGAGCCAGUGUCCACCGAUACGUUGUCAUCCCAGCUCUGAGAUGGAUCUACCCCGACCCGGAAGAAGCUCAUCAUGCGGCCAACCAGGUCUUGAGAUCCCUCUGGGACUUUGGUCUUCAUCCUAGAGAGCGGGGCGAUCCUGACAAAGUUGGCGAUCUCGAGGUGGAAGUUUUCGGUCGCAUCAUUCGCAAUCCGAUAGCCACGUCGGCCGGUAUCGACAAACAUGCUGAUAUUCCGGACCCUCUUUUUGCCUCCGGCCCAGCCAUUGUUGAGAUCGGAGGAACGACUCCUUUGCCACAGCCUGGCAAUGACAAGCCUCGAGUCUUCCGCCUGACUUCUCAACAAGCCAUCAUCAACAGAUACGGCCUGAAUUCCGAAGGGGCAGAUCAUGUUGCUAUGCGUCUACGCGACCGAGUCAGAAAGUUUGCGUACCGUCUUGGUCUGGGCCAUGAUGCAGCUGCCGAACACGCAGUACUGGACGGAAUUGCUGGUGUUCCGCCUGGAAGUUUGACCCCGGGAAAAUUACUUGCCAUCAACAUCGCCAAAAAUAAAACUACUCCUGAAGACGACGUUGAUGCCGUCACCAAGGACUACGUAUAUUGCGUAAACACUUUGGGCCCUUAUGCCGACAUCUUGGUUGUCAACGUUUCCAGCCCCAACACUCCGGGGCUUCGCUCUCUUCAACAAGGUGACAAACUCCAGAAGAUCUUGACGGGUGUCGUGGAUGCUGCGCGAUUGGUAGACAGGAAGACCAGACCUGCCGUCAUGGUCAAGGUCAGCCCUGAUGAAGAUUCAGAUGCCCAGAUCGCUGGAAUAUGCGACGCUGUUUGGGCAGCCGGAGUUGACGGCGUUAUUGUCGGUAACACCACCAACCUACGGCCAGCACCAAUUCCUCAUUUAGGGAAUCUGUCUCCAUUAGAGGAGCAACAUCUACUCGAGACUGGUGGCUUCUCUGGGCCGCACCUUUUUGACAAGACUCUGUCUUUGGUAAAGAGAUACAGAAAGCUGCUCGAGCAGAAGCCUGUCGAGCUUGAACCCGUGCCACAGCCUCCCAGCGCACUGCAAGCCGAAGCUGCGAAAAUAAAAAAUGAACUAGCAAGCGAGUCCGGGCCCAAGGAGGAUUCAACCCCGGACACCGUUACGACCUCGGUAGAUACUGGGGUCAUCCCACCCACCCCGGUAGCUGAGGAGAUGAGCUCGGAGAAGCAACCUUUAUUCAAGUUGCCCCAAGAACGCUUCUACGAUAAACCUCAGGAGGAUCAGGACUCUCUCGAAGGUGUUAACUCUGCGCCUGUCGAUUCCCCUGGUGAACAACAAAGCCAGACGGAACGUCUGAGAGCAAUCCAAGCUGCCAUAGAACGCCUGCCUCCUAGAGACCAACGGGAUGCGCUUGAAAACCUGGAAGAACCUAUUCAUCUAGCUUCGAAUGAUGAACCAAAAGUAAUUUUCGCGACAGGCGGCAUCACCAAUGGAAAGCAGGCUCUGGAUGUGCUCAACGCAGGCGCUAGCGUUGCCAUGGUAUAUACGGCUCUAGUUUACGGUGGUGUUGGCACUGUCUCACGAAUCAAAGAUGAGAUGCGCACAGAAAUGAGGCGGCAAGCAGAAGAGAGAAGAUCCAAGUCUCAGAAAUAA